GGCCCCAGAUUGCAGGGGUAAAACAAUAAAUAGAACCUAUCACUUUAAACCUGCAAUCUCCGGUACAGCAGAGAUCAUAAACUGUCAGGUAGCUGCACGUGGGGAAAAUUGAGAAUUUUUUCUGAGAUACUUGGUAUUUCAGAACCGUUUACAGUCGGUUACUUGUGAUUAUUUAUUAAGUAAUAAUUCUGUCUACAUAGAUAGGUCAUUCAUAAGGUAAGUCAGGCAUCCUCCAAGCUAAAUCAGCUAACGUUUACUGUAACCAUGAACGAUAGCUAGCUGCAUUGUCUGGUCAAACUCUGGACUGCUUGAUAGACACGCAGUAAUCGAACUGAGUGACCAAACUGGUGUGUCACUGCCGUUAACAAUGCCCACUUUUAUAACGAGAUGAAAAACAGUCGUCUGUGCUGAUUUUGUCAAAUCUCGCUCCUUUGUUGUCUUUGAGCUAACCUAGCUUAGCGAUGCACUUGUUCAAUUGAUAAUGGUUUCACAGCCAGCCUAGGGUAGAUGCGUUUUAUUUCCUGUUAUUUCAAACUUCAUAUUUGUCAUUUGCUUUGACGGUUAUCGAAAACAAAAUAUCCAUGCGUAGUAUAUGUUGUCCACUUAUGUCUCAUCGUAAACAAUAUUGCCGUAAUUUGUUGGUGCAGUACAAUGGAUUCAUCAGCUUGAUGUUUUCCCCUCAUGCAAAUAGCUAAAAUACGAGUUGUUUGCGUGAAGUUUAGCAACGAAUUACCAUGAAAGCCUAGUCAUGUGUUGUUUUGACCAACUGUCACGAAAUAUGCUCUUCAGCUCAUUGCUGUUGCGACGACCGGCCAAAAGAAAAACGACGACGCCACAAGUUAGCUGUAGCUAAUGGUAACAGGCUAACUGGCAGCAGCGGCGCAAGCUCGGCGAUGCUUUCCUGUUUGUCGUAUUAGCGUUAGCUUUAGCCGCUAACGAUGACAGCAAAGAGUCCGGCACUUCAGAUUCACCAUCACUUUAGUUGUUUACAGUUGAAGUUAAUGUGGUCAAAGUUUAAGUUGUAGAAGCCAUAUACUCCAGAAAUAUCCAGAAUAGGCCUAUGUGAAAUUAAUGAAUCUGUCGCGCUAAAAUGAACAUGCGACAAAUGAGAGCAUGGGGAAAAUGUUGUUAGCAUAGAAUUGGUGGGCCUUUCUGUACAGCAGGCAGUUUAUUUAGAUAUAAUUUCAGAGGUAUGUGCUGUGGUCGUUCGUCGUUUACACUUUUGAUGGAUUGCUUUGAAUGUAAAGUCAAUUUUCCCAGCUGUCUGACUUGUCUGCUUGCGCUAGUCGCCCUUAUUUUAUCUCCAGUCUGUGUCCCUCUUUGUCUCAUUUGAUGGACGUGAUGGCGCAGUUGAAUGUUAGCUAGUGUGUUAGCCGACCAGCUUAACAGUCAGCUGCCUUGCCUCUGCCAUUGGAUUGAUUUGGGUCAGGUGAAUCAUGUGGUCUUGUCAUGAAAGUGAAACGUCUUCAUUCACUAUUGCACUUCCUGUACAUCGGCUUCCUCAAAUGACCUGAUCGUAACAAUCUGAGUAGCAGUCCCACUGAGUACAAACUCAGUUGCCAACUCAUUACAUACACUUAAAGUAAUGCAAUUUGAUAUAAAAGCUCUGCAGUAUAACUAAAGGCUUUUAUGAAAGUUUUAUUGUUCACUCUGUUAUAACUACAAAAAGUGAACUGCGUUCUUACAGCGUUGCUCUUACUCAAUGGUCAUUUCACAGAGUAUAGCACUUUGUGGGUUUCUUCUGAAUUGUAUUUCAUAUAUCGGAUAAUAAUCUUACACAAUUUUAGAAACACUUCUUAUUACAUUGCCAGCUUCAGUACCAUUGACUGUGGUGUCAAUAUUACCAUAGAGUUUAAUAAUCCCUUCAAAUCACUCAGGAGGAAUCCUGAAGAAAUCAAUUCACAGAAAAGCAAAUGUUUGUCAAAAUAGAGUUUAUUUACUGCAAACUGUAAGUAUGUGCAUGCUAUUCAGCAUCUAUGAUAAAAUGUUUUAAUCUUUGUCUUAUUUCCUUUUCAAGCACUUAAUAUUGCUUACCAAAGAAAUGGUGAUGGAGAAGCCAAGUCCCCUGCUUGUAGGGCGGGAGUUUGUGAGGCAGUAUUACACACUCUUAAACAAAGCUCCAGAUUUUCUGCACAGGUAAAUACUAAAUUGUGAUGCAUUCAACUCUAGAUCUGUAGAUAUCUGUUGAUAUUUCUCUAAUUGUCUUACCAUUGUGCUGUUAGAUUUUAUGGGAGGAAUUCUUCUUAUGUCCACGGAGGACUUGACCCAAAUGGAAAGCUGGCAGAAGCAGUGUACGGGCAAGCGGUAGGUGCUAAAAAGGAAAAAAUAAAUUUUUUAUAGUUGAUGUGGAAAAUGUUGUAGAGGGUGUGAGAUUUCAAAUAACAUAACAUUUGCAAGUAGGAAAUUGAAGAAGCAGCUAAUGAAGAAAUUAUGCUCACAUAACUGCCACAUAAAACUCUUUUCCUAAUGAAUAUUACAUGUUUUCAACCACCUUGUCGUAAAACAGUCAUAUUUGCAUUGUUUGUAAAGUCUCCAUAAAAUGAAUUCAGAGAUGAGGAUAUUAAUCACAAGGCUUUAAGGUUUAACCUGAUAAUGAAUGUGAAAGUAAAGGAAACAAGCUGAUUCAGUCUGUGGUGAGCAACCAAUUUUUAAAAUCUUUUAAAAAUGCCUUGAAGAUUUUUUUUCCCCACAAAAUUUUUCAAUAAAAAUGUUAAAGUUAGCAGACAAUUUUUGCCGUCUUUCUACUUGAAUAAGCUCUUGUGUUAGGUCUUUCAUACAAAGUUCAUCCAGAAAAUAUGUUUUAGUGUAUUGUAGAUUUUUGGCUUAAGUGGCCCCGCAUAUUCUCUGUUUUUAAUAUGUGGUUAUCCGUUCCUCUCUGAAUCUCUUAGGAAAUCCACAAGAAGGUCAUGUCCCUGCAGUUUAGCGAGUGCCACACAAAGAUCAGGCACGUUGAUGCACAUGCUACUCUCAGCGAUGGAGUGGUGGUGCAAGUCCUUGGAGAACUGUCCAAUAAUGGCCAGCCCAUGAGGAAGUUCAUGCAAACUUUUGUUCUUGCUCCAGAGGUGAGUACCAGCAUUUCCAAGCCACCUUCCCAGAUACCUGCACAAUAGAGGAGCUUAGCCUAUGUUAUCUUUUGAUAGUUAAAAGGUUCAAACAGACCCACUGGCUGCAACUAAUUCAACAUGAGUCAUGCCAUCGUAAACUGAGGAAUCUUUUCAACGAACCGAGCACACUCCAGAGUUAAUUUACUCGACAGAAUACAGCAGUUGUCUUUAAAAGCAUGUUUAUGACCCAAUGAAACAGAAAAAGCGAUAAAAAGUGGCACCUGUAGACUGGUCUGCCUCAAUAUCCAUUCAGCAUUCCUUGCACAGUGAAGAGGCUGCUUGCUUUUUAGAGCGCCACUCCCUGACAAAAUCCACUGCAUAUUAUACUGGUAUAUUGGUCGCAUUGGUGUAUAGAUGAAACAAUUUGGAAAUGCAUCAGUGCUAAAAAUGAAUGUAUAGGUCUUCACAGUAAAGUGUUAAUAUUUGAUUGGCCUAUUUUAUAUGUUUAUGAUUUGUUUCUUUAGGGUUCAGUGGCAAACAAGUUUUAUGUCCACAAUGAUAUCUUUCGUUACGAGGAUGAGGUUUUUGGAGACUCUGAAGCUGAACUGGAUGAAGGUAAUAUGUUCACUAAUAUCCUACGUAGACCCUGUGAUUUGUUUUGAGUGUCUUAUAAAUACAACUUCAGAAUCUGUUGAUGAACACAAUUGCUUUUUGUCAAUCAGAGUCUGAGGAGGAAGUAGAAGAAGAGGCAGAGGAGAGGCAGCCAUCCCCUGAGCCACUGCAAGAAAGCCCCAACAGCACCACCUAUUAUGAACCUCACCCUGUCGCGUAUGCUGCCAUUUCAUCUUAACCAUAAUCUGUUUCAGGAAGUUUUACAUUCUGUUAUUUGACCUUUUAAAACUUAUGUUGAAAUGACACCAUGUUGAUGUGUGAUCUUUAGUAAUGGAGUAGAAGAGCCCAUGGAGGAGCCAGCUCCAGAACCAGAACCAGAGCCAGAACCAGAGCCCAAAGCAGAGGAAAUAAAACCUGAAACAGAGGAGAAGGCUCUGGAAGAGAUGGAGGAGAAAGCACCUUCACCAGUCCCUGCAGAGUCCCCACCAAACACCCAGGAGCCUGCCAAGGUAAGACUGAUGUAACAAACUUUUAGUUUACCUUUUUAGUUUGUUGUCAGGGAUCACGCACAACACAAGCUUCUGAGCCAGAGUUAAGCCUGGCACACACUACUAGAUAAUUGUGCCGAUUAUGGGUUUGAUUCCCCCUUUCCAACAAAGGUCAGCAAAGGCCAGAUUAUCAGAUGGUUCUAAAUAUUAUCUUGCCAGAUUAUCCAGUGGUGUCAGGUGUGUUGAGGUUGAUUCUGAUCAGUGUAAGAUGAUCAGAGCCGGCCCAACUUGGAAUCAUAAAUAUUUAACACCACGACUUAUGACCCAAAAUCCUUGUGUUUGUGGGGAUCCCAGAUCAUGCAUGCUGCCCAUUUUCACAUGGAACAGCUCGACAGACAACCGGGGAGCAAGCUGACCAAUGCAGGAAGCACAAUAAACGUAACCAUGGCAACAAAUAGUAAAUGCAAACAUGAACUAAGACUGAAAUCUGAGAUACAGGAUCUAAUCGUUGUUACAUGGAGACUACACAAGUGUUUACACAACCCCUCCCCAAAAUGACAAGGGGAGGGGUUGAGGAGAAAUUUGUUCUCAGUGGAGGUACCAGGAAGCUAAUAAAUCUGUCAUCAUUUGUCAUUAUGUGGGGGGUCUCUUGACUAUUUUAAAAUCUGUGCAGAUUCUAAAAUUGUUUUCGUGUGUGCCAGGUCUUAGCUAUGAAACUAUAAAGCUCAUUUACAUCUGUGGUCUUUGGGCAGGAAGGUCUAAAAACAAGCAAUACAAUCAAUUUUAAAGUAGCAUUUAAAUGACUGAAGCCAAACAGUGCAUCACAUAAACAACAUAACAUCACACAAAAAAAACAUACUCUGCCUAAAUAUACAGUGUUAGUGUUAACUUGUCAUUGCUACAUCCCUCAUAGACUUUCUCCUGGGCCUCGGUGACCAGUAAAAACUUGCCCCCUUCUGGCACAGUCACCUCCUCUGGAAUCUCACCCCAUGUUGUUAAAGCUCCAAGCUCACAGGUAACAAACUGCCACUGGACAUGAAAUGUGUGGAACAUCAUGAAAUAUUUGAGAAAAUCUCAGACCACAUAAGAAAUUUGACCACUGCGCAGAGGUCAUCACUUUUAAGGAGCACUAGUUAGCACAGUGAUGUUUGUAGAUACACUUCUUUUGGACUUUGUGUUUCAGUCACUUGAAUAAAAAGCUUAGUUGAUGUUAAUGUUGAUGAAAAUCUAAGUUCAAGUUGUGCAUAAAAAUGGCCUCAAGUAGGGGUAGCAAGUUUUCAGGUAGACACAUGUAAAACAAUGACACCCAAAAGAUGAGUGGCAGAGUGCUUUAGACCAUUAUGCAGUGCUAAAAUUUGAAACAUAUAUUGUGGCUCAUGAAAUAAUUUUUCUGUCACAAAAACAGAACUGCAAAAAAAGGUUUGAGAGUGACUCAAAUGUGAACUCAUCAAAACAUUCCUCUCCCAAACAGCCCAGAGCUGAGGCCAAGCCGGAGACACAGACAGCACCUAUGCGGCCCAGAGACCAGCGCACACGGGACAGACCGGCUUUCACUUCACGGGGUCCGAGACCUGGUAAUGCCAUAUCCCCCUUAAUAAGGUUUUAUUGCACCUUGUCUGUUUUCACUGAAUUUUUUCUUAGUUCUGCACGUCUCUGUCACUUUUAGAUGGUGUUGCAUCUUCAGAGUCACAGACGGGAAAACCACACCUGAGUUUUGUCAAUAAAGGUUAUUAUCAGAGUUCAAGUCAAAUCUAAAUAAUCCUGAAAAUGUGUUUUAUGUCCCAUUUGUAGGAUUUUGAUGUUGAUGAUGCACCUAAGCUGAUGUGAUGACUUUCCCAACAUGUAGGUGGACGGUCAGACAAUGAAUCUGGUGAAAUGGACGGCAGGCGUAGCAACCGGUACCCAGACAGCCACCAGCUGUUUGUUGGCAACCUUCCACAUGACAUUGACGAGAAUGAGCUCAAAGACUUCUUCAUGAGUACGUUUCAUCAAAGAAGCUUUAUUUUUUUAUUACCUCCAUCCUCUUAGAAAUAUAAUCAAAACCUUUUGAUGAUGGAAAAAAAAAAAAAAAAGAUGAGUCAGCAUACCUCUUCUUUUUUCCUUUUAUUUUUUUUUCUUUUUACAGAUUAUGGAAGCGUGGUGGAGCUGCGGAUCAACACAAAGGGUGUUGGUGGAAAGCUGCCCAACUUCGGAUUUGUGGUCUUUGACGACUCUGAACCUGUGCAAAGAAUCCUGGGGGCCAAGGUAGACGGGGCAUGUAUAAACAUUUCAUUACCCACUUUCAUUCUUUGGUGGUGGUUUGGUGACACUCAUUUUCACAAAUAAUAUUUAACCUCAAUCUCACAUAGUGAGGAUCCCUCUUGAAAAUUUUUGUCUCUUAUUGUUGUGCAGAUGAUAAAUCUAGUCAGUGAACAGAAAUCCCUGUCUGUCUUCUGGCCAACACUAAGUUAGUAAAAACACAUCGGCAGCUGCGUUUGGCAAUCAAGUUUCAAAGAGUGGUGAAGUUUUACUCUUUGUGACUGUUUUGUGCUGCAGCAAAUGUUAGUCAAGGAUCAACUUCUGGAGAACUUUACCUUCUUUCUCAGCUUCUUUGAGGUGAAAAUUCUGCCUUGUUGAAAGAUACUUCAUGUUGACAAACCUCAAGCAAGGCUUCCUUAUCUGGCUGACAACUAAAACACAAGACUACUAGACCACUCUCAUCCAGCUGAGAAUGGGUUAUUUCUUAUUCCAACUUUGUCUCAGUCAGAGGGAGUAAAUGUUUAUACUAGCAGACUGAUACGUGAGGGGAGAGGUUACACAAGGCCUGAGACAGAUUGUCACACUUGUGUGCAAACCAGUGAAUGAGGUGGGUUGUGAAAUAGACUGACAGGAAAAUAUGGAAUCGUUUUUCUCCUGUAUUGACCUUGAAUCUCUCUCUUCAGCCCAUCAUGUUUCGAGGGGAGGUGCGUCUGAAUGUAGAAGAGAAGAAGACGAGGGCAGUGCGUGAGCGUGAGACCCGCAGUGGGGGAGAUGAGCGCAGGGACAUGCGGCGCAACGACCGAGGCCCUGGAGGUUCCCGAGGUGUUGUGGGAAGCGGAAUGAUGCGUGAACGUGAUGGCAGGGGACCGCCUUCUCGUGGUGGCAUGGCCCCCAAACCUGGCAUGGGCUCUGGGAGAGGCUCUGGUGGCCAGGCAGAGGGUCGCUUCAUCACCCAGCGCCGCUGAGAAGAGCACCACCUGCAGCGUGGAAGUAGUACCGUGUUCUUCAUCUUCAACCGUUCUCGAUAAUGAAAAGAAAUCUUCAUGUAUAAACGUAUAUAUUUGUUAUUUUGUUUAAUUUUAAAUUUUUGUUCCCUCUUUGCUUUGGAAUGUGACACAGCCUGUCAACCAUUUGUUUGUGAAAUAGACAAAACAGAAAUAAGCAAACAAAAAAUUCUGCUUAUUAGUCGUGAGCUGAGCAUCCUUUUUCAGGUAACUCAAGAAUUCACAAACUUUAAUUUGUAAAUUUGUGAAAAGAGGCAAACCAACCAGGAGUAAUCUGCCACACUAGGAGGGACUGAUAAGACUUUAAGUACGACAAUACAGCCCAUCAUUUGGAAAAGAGAUUAUAUGCCUUGACUUAACUGGGGCGCUUGCUUCACGAAAUCCCUCUAUUGCACAUUUUAUAUGGUAGUUUUCUGCCCGUUACUGUUGGAAAAGAGUGAGAUGCAAAAUUUGUGCAGUUCCAGGGGAAAAGCUUGCCUUUUACUUUUUUCCUUUUGAGAGACCACUGCUUCAAAAUUGCAUAAUGCACUCAUCAAUAUGCACUAAUGGGUACUUUUGUCGUAUUACAUUGACAUCUAUGCUCGGAACCCAGCUGGAGAGCCCUAUCCUGUCUCGAAGCGACACGACUUAUCGGGGCAGGCCUCGCUUACAGCCUGUCUGCUGUGACCGGUGUACUUUUCACACUUUUGACCCCAAACUACGCUUCAAUUACUGCUGGAUGGACAAGAUGACAAGCAAAUCUACAUUAUAUUUUUCCUCAUUUAUAAAUUAGAUAAAUACGAAAAGAGCUCAAAUCUUGGACUUUCGUCGAAUGAGUGGGGGGACAAAGGAUAUACAAGAAACAAAGUUGAACAAUAGGAGAGUGGUGGUAAAGGUGGCUGCUCACUCUGUUUUUCUUUUGAUUCCAAGUUUGUUUUUCUUCAUGUUUUUUCCUGCCAGCUAGACCGUGAAACUGGGACGGACGACAUCUCCUUCCCUCUUCCCUCCCUCCCUGUCUGAAGCACGGAAUAACAGAAUAAAUGUACAGCAAAAGUCAUAGUUUACUGUAUGUUUUGUGUUCUGUGCAUCUUUUGAUUUUUCCCUCUCUACUUUAUAGAGCAUGAUGGUGCCUUCUAUUUCACCUUUUUCAGUCUUACAAAAGUGGUAUGGGGCUUUGCCGCCUCCCAAUGCGGAGCUGCUCAUUCUGAACUAUUGACUUCUUGGAGCAGACAUACAAAAGAGAAAAUUGCAGUAUUCACAAGAUUGAGUUUUUUCCAGGUGCAUUUUCUUUUUUUCCAUACUGUUUUACUACCUAAGAUAUUCUGUUGUGAGUUUUGUACAUUUGUUUUUGUAUUGUCUGUUCUGGGUUUUGUAGAGACAAUAGGUGCCUCGAGUUCUGUUUGAUGUUUAAUGGUAAAAGAGCUGCAUCUGAAGAACUUCUCCCCAAAAAACAAAAAAGGUACAUUAAAGAUGAUGACGAUGAAAUGCUUGGUCUUUGGUUUACAUGUCAUGGCUGAACAAAACCGUGAAGGAGAGUAAAUGUCACUCAGUGUGAGUCAGAUACUGUUUAUCUCUACUUUCAGUCUGACUUUUUUUUAGACUCAUGGCAGCACUCGGGUUAAAUCCCUGGACUCAGAAGUUGUCGGACUUUUCCUCAGCAACAAUUUUGUAAUGAUCUGUGGUGGGUGGGCUGGUCAUAGUUCAGCCUAAAGACUAGCAAAUAAUGUGCUCACACUUUUCUAGCUGUUUAUGCUUUUGUAUUUUCAUAUGCUGAUUAUUCAUUGUGCUUAUUUUAUUCACUUUUUGUCAUUCAAGGCGAGUUUAAUCUGAAUGCCACACUAGUCGUUUCCUUACCCCUUUAGCGUGUUUCCUUUGGUACCACUUGGUAGGGAGGGAAGACCCUUCUGGUUUCAUCUGGAAAGGAAACCCAGACAUGAGUUGUUAACUUUUAUUUUAUUUUUAUUUUUGUUAUGUUGCACUGAAAUGGGAAGUGAAAAUUGAUGUAGCAUUUUUCUGGACAAAUAUACUGAAUGAGGUCUUCCUUGUCUGGUGGUGUUGCACUAUUCCCCACAUUUCUGGGACAAUCUGUCAGUUUGAACACAGCUUCUCCAAAUUUCUCAUCUAGCUGUGAAAAAUGAGAACAUUAGGGCUUAUCUUGAUCAGCAUGAAAUAACCUUUCCUCCCUUGCAGUAAAAAAAAACAGUUUUGAUGCAUAUUUUAUGUCGUUUUUCAAAGUAAUGCUGGGCUGUUCUCCCAGGUUGAAUAUUUUCUGAAGUGAUAUUAGUUUUCAAUAGAGGGACUCUUAAUUUGCGACCAUCAGUCUUUGACUGAGUAAUAUAGAAAUGAAGUGACAGCUCUUUGGUCUUUGAGUGUUUUUAACAGACAGUUAAUGUUUGUCAGGUAUUUGUUAAACAUGAGCACUUGACUACGGUCCUAGUUUUUACAGCAAUGAUCGAUGAAGAGAGUGGUGAAGAAGAGCCAUCUAGCUUUCAGACCAGUCUGUGCUUUACAUCAAAGUGGUGGUUAAAAAAAGUCUGACCUGGUGAAUUUAAUUGUUGGAUGGUUAUUUUCUCUCAAAGGCUUUUAAUUACCCCUUCCCCUUCCUCUCUAAAAGGAUCCUCAAAAAAAAUACUUGGAAAAAGCUGUAAAAUUAUUUUCCUGUGGUUGAAAAUGCAGUAGAGUGGAUCCUCUGUGAAUCAUUCCAGUCCUUCUUUAUGAAUGGAAAUAGAAGUACCUUAUUGGCUUUAGCAGGUGUGGUUAACAGUUGGCUGCCAUCUUAAUUUUACUGUGUUUGCCCUUGUUUCUAGUACAAAAGUGUUGCAGGUGGAGAAUCUUUCUUUCGUCUUCUUUUGUUCCUUUUUCCUUUCUAUUUUGAAUGUGUUGGACUUAACAUACAAUAAACUACUGAUAUCAGCACCACUCACAA